UGGACAAGGUAACCUAGGUAUUAGCUUUGACUCAUGAGGCGCUCGUUUAAAAUGCCCCCUUUCUGCUAAUUCAUCCAUACCGCCGCCUAUCAACCAAGCGCCUAAGUUACCCAGGCUGUUCAACAUGACUUCAAGCUGCCCUCAAUGCGGCACCCCUCUCAACAUCAUGACAGCUGCUGUUGGGAAGGUCACGGCAAGUAGAACGGCCCCUGCCUUGGAGCCCCGCGACUCCGAACAUCCCAGCAACGACCGCCAGGACUCUCCUGAUUUGGACUUUGGCAGAGAUCAUCUAGACUCCGUCAAAGACGAUCCGGACACCAAAAGAAAUAAUCUAGACUUUAGCCAGGAAGACCUUCGGGGGCUCAAGAGGCUCAUCUGCCCCUGUCCGUGCUUUGGAGGCGGUGGAGGCCCAAAACAACUCACCUUGCGCCCAUACCUGUGUGUGGGCGCCGUCGGAGUCGUGAAGGCUGGCCGCCCACGCGAGACUCUGGACCGGACGACGAUCAAAAUGCAGGCUGCCAUUCGCCGCGUAGGGGCUUCCCCGGCCGACAGCCUCCUCGCGUCCAGGCGCGUCGCUAGGAGCGAGAAGAACUGGAAGAGGCCUGCUAGGACGGAAAAUGUCUUUCAGGCUAUCGGCGCCAUCAUCUACGACAUGGAAUGGAUGAGUGACGAUGGCGAGCUCGAAGUUAGCAACGCCGACAUCUUGGCGGAUGCUACGAAUACCAUCAGUCCAAACUUUGAGCUGCGGCCUGGUCAUCUUGGAUCCUCCCCUAUGAUUGAGCUUAUGCUUCUUAUUGAUUACGGGUUUCUAGCUAAGCUACUUUUCGGAUCUAUGAGUCUCGAUGACCCACCCUUUGGAUCAACGCGUUCGCUUCUAGAGUUUUGUUUUGCACGCUUCAAACGGGAUGCUGUAUGGAGUUUCGAGAGGUUUUCUAGCUUUCUCACCGCUACUGCAUGGCGUUGGAAACAAGGACACGCUAUUCUGGAUGAGAGGGCAUGGGACUUGACCGUCGAUAUGCUAGAGAGAGGUGGACUCUGGAUGCACGAAUACCAUGUUUGGGAUGCCGCCACAAUGCUGUACUACUACCACACUCGUCGAAAGCCAGUUAGCGCCGAGGCCUGGAGGCAAGGGUGCACGGGAUAUACCGGGAUUCUCCAAGAGAUGAUCGCCGAAGUUCCCACCAGGGGAACAGAUCGGUUACAGCGCAAGUUGUCACUCGACGUCAAUUGGUUUCUCCCGAAGUUCGUCGGGAAUUGGCACCGUCGGGCGCAGAUGACGUCCAUUGCGCAGGAUCUAGCGAACCGAUACGGCUUCCAGCUCACGCUCCCCGGCCCGCCGCCCCCCGAAACUCUGAGCUGGCGGGAAUGGUUAGACUCUCUACUUAGCUUCGCACAAGCCCGACGAAGGCCUGAAGAUGAAGAGAGCCAGGGAGAGAAAGAGAAGUUGAUCGAAGGGCGGGAAAAGGAAGAGCAGUGAUCAGGGCCCGUAGGUGUGCGUCAAGGCCCAGAGAAAAUAUCGAUAUAGUGGCCCGGAGCGCGUAUAACGGAGCAGGAAAGCCGACGGCGACCAACGAGAAGCAUAGCGAUGAGUUUAGCACUCUAAGCGAGCUUGCUCCUCAUCUACUCUCGAUGGAACGAGUCAACAAAACCAGAGACCGACAAAUGAUAUUCUUCCCACGGUUAUUAGUUUUGGGGGAAGAUGCUUUGCGCGGCUCGGCGUUUUCUCGACGCUCCUAGACUUCUCCAUCAAGGUGGACAUACAACCUAAUUACACAGUAUUAAUGC